UGUUUGAGUCGACUCUCAAGUCAUAUGAAUAGUGAGAAAAAGUUGUCAAAAGUUUUUAUUUAUUUUUAUUUUAUUGACUCUUCAGUCGAUCCAAUCGAUUGAAUUGCAUGUGAUUUAAGUGACAAAUGAAAUGAAGACAUGAAUGAGUCGUUGAUCUUCGAUACGUUUGCAUCGGUGAGACCGUUGUCCAUGUGUUUGGUGUGGAAACGACCCAAUCAUGUGUUGUUUCAAACGGCAAAUGUCUUCCUCCUGAUGGCCUACUUGGCCACAAACAGCCUCUUCGGAGUGCUGUUCCUGCGCUCGUGUCUCUCCAUCGGCUGUCUCUUCCUGUCGUUGUGGGCGUGGAUAGUGUUGUGUGAGUCGGAUAUCAUUGUCUGGAAUGUGAUCUUCACGGCAAUCAAUGCCAUUCAUGUGAUUUGCAUCGUCUGGAGGUUACAUCCGUUCGUUAGGUUUCCACACGACGUGGAAAUGGUUUACAGAAAUCUGUUCCAACCGUUGCGAGUGUCGCGGAAAGCGUUCAAAAAGAUCUACUUCUGCACCCGAGAGAUACAAACACUCAAAUCCAAUGAUAUCUAUGCCAUCGAAGGUCGCACUCGAGUCGAUCGACUGACUCUAUUGUUGUCGGGAAGGGUGUCCAUCAUAAGGGCCGGACAGACCCUUCAUAUUAUAGACAGCCAUCAGUUCUUGGAUUCUCCCGAAUGGUUUGGUGUGGGAUCUCACGAGACAUAUCAGGUGUCAAUCGUGGCUUUAGAGGAAUCUCGUCUUCUGGUGUGGAAUAGAGAUAAACUCAAACUCUCCAUCUCUUGUGAUCCUUAUUUACAAGCAAUUCUCGACAAUAUUCUGGGCAAAGAUGUGGUCAAAAAGCUGCUGUUAGUGUCGGACACUGUUAGCAAUCAACACACCGGCGCCGGCGAGCGCACCAAACUUAUUGUUUCCACACAUCGAGCCAUGGAUCUGCUCAUCAAACGAAGUCCAAUCAAUGGCAAUGAUUCAAAUGUGAAUUGUUUUUGGAAUUUGUCGCGAAUUAGUGAAUCAGACGCCGAGACCUGUAGGGGGGGACAGAGGGGUUGCCUAUUGUCUAUGGACAGUAUGUCUUCACGAGGAGGUCUUCUGCCAUCGCAUUACUCGCGCCACUCGAGUCCAUUGACAGGAGUUUCGGUGACUUCGGGAGUGAGCGGGCGAUCGAUACUCCGGAUACGGGAGAAGUAUUUAUUGGUUUUGGUUGUCAUCGUAUUCAUAGUGUUUAGUGUCAUUGGAGUGGCAUUUCUGCCUGAAAUGCAACUGAAGGCCAGUAAUGUCUAUAAGUAUAUCAAACCGGCCGACAGCUUAGGGCCCGACCUCCUAGGGUUAGUGCCACCCGUCGAGUCCCCGCACCCCCUCUUAGGCCACGACUCACACACAGCCAGAGCUAAGUUUGAGGACAAACAACGACUUCGCGUCAAAAUCAAUGAACAGUUGAACUAUAAUUUAAGUCAAUUAAGUGCUGUUUUGCCCAAACCUAAUGUCAAUGCCAGAGCUAAGUUUGAGGACAAACAACGACUUCGCGUCAAAAUCAAUGAACAGUUGAACUAUAAUUUAAGUCAAUUAAGUGCUGUUUUGCCCAAACCUAAUGUCAAUGGUUUGGCACCCGAUCCCACACUCGGGCCAUCGGAUUCAGAUGAAUGGACACCACUAGUGCUUCCCAGUGGUGAUGAUCCCGACCCUGAGGUUCGACGCAAACGGGAUUUCAUCAAAGAGAUGAUGAAAGAGGCGUGGAUUCACUACAAGACCUACGCGUGGGGUGAGAAUGAGUUGAGACCCGUGUCCAAGAAGGGCCACUCGGCCGGCAUUUUCGGUACAACCAAAUUAGGGGCCACAAUUGUCGACGGAUUGGACACACUUUUCAUUAUGGGUUUGAAAGAGGAGUUCAAAGAAGGGCGCGAUUGGGUCGACCAGAACCUCCACCUCCAAGACGUGAACAGCGAAGUGUCUGUGUUUGAGACAAUCAUCCGCUUCGUGGGCGGACUUCUCACGUGCUAUGCGUUCACCAAAGACGAGAUGUUCAUCGAGAGGGCCAACGCUAUCGCCACGAAAAUGUUGCCCGCAUUCAACACUCCCACAGGAAUACCUCACGCACUCGUCAACCCGUCCACCGGCCACAGCAAGAACUACGUCUGGGCCUCACAGUCCAGCUCUAUAUUAGCCGAAGUGGGAACUCUUCACUUGGAAUUCCUCUACUUGAGUGACAUUACCGGCGAUGACACCUAUAAAGACAAAGUGAUGAAUGUUAGACGCAUUCUCAAUGCACUCACUAAACCUCACGGAGGACUCUAUCCUAACUAUAUUAACCCCAAAACCGGACAAUUUGGUCAA